CGUUUCGUAAAUUUUUUUCCCUGUUCCAAUUCAACCGAACCGCUGAGAGGUCUGUCGGCUACGUGCUUUUUCCGAAAUCACAAUCCUUCAGUUUUAAACAUGGCAAACCCUAAAGUUUUCUUUGAUAUCACCGCGGACGGCAAACCAGUCGGCCGGGUUGUCAUGGAGCUGAGGGCUGAUGUCGUCCCGAAAACUGCAGAGAACUUCCGUGCCCUGUGCACUAUGGAGAAGGGCUUCGGCUACAAGGGCUCCACCUUCCACCGUGUCAUUCCCGGUUUCAUGUGCCAGGGCGGUGACUUCACAAACCACAAUGGAACUGGUGGCAAGUCCAUCUACGGCAACAAGUUUGCUGAUGAGAACUUCGCCUUGAAGCACGAGGGCUUCGGAACCCUUUCCAUGGCCAAUGCUGGUCCCAACACCAACGGUUCCCAGUUCUUCAUCUGCACAGCUGAUACUGCUUGGCUGGACGGAAAGCAUGUUGUGUUCGGAAAAGUGGUGCAGGGCGCGGAAGUUGUGAAGAAAGUGGAGUCUUUCGGCAGCUCCGGUGGCCAGACCAAAGCCAAGAUCGCCAUUGCUGAUUGUGGCCAGCUCUAAAUGGGCAUAUCCCCCACCUGUCAAACAUUCCUGAUUUGAGAUUUUGUCUUAACCUUCCCUAUCUGUCCUCCCCCCAUCCUUAAUUUGGUUUGUUCCUUGUCUGAACUUGCUGCAUUUGUGGCUUGCCAUGUUUUGUUUUUUUUGGUUUUGUUACCUUUUGGGAGUCCAGCAGGACUUAACAUUUUCAAAAUCUGAAAUAAAGGGGAACAAUUACCUUAA